CUUCAACACUAUUCAUUUCGAUUCAAGAUGAAGCCUGUUAUUAUACUAUGCGCAUUGCUGGUUGCCUCUCUCACCGCAGCUAAGCCAAACUAUUCAUAUAAAAGAUGUAUAAGAGCAUAUGGACCCUCUUCCUUUGUCUGCGAUGAUCUUUGCAACAUCUGUAAGUGCGCUCGGUACGGAUUAAUCAGCACCGAAAAAGCUUGUCCUCCAUACGAUUUCGAAACCUGCAAAAAGGUCAAAGGCACUGGUAAAUGGCCGUGCUAUUCCGGAAACAACAUAUGCCGGUGCGCCCCUGAAGGAAUUGAAGUUUGUGGUCUUUAAAAUCAAUAAAGUUC